AUCUCUUUGAAUUUCUGGAUUACUAUAGUAUUCUACAUUAAAGUGCAAAACAAAAUGUUCAUGGCAAAUAACCAAAGCAUGAUGUUUUCAAAGGAAAUGGGAAAUGUGACCAAUCUCGAAGAAGGAAGCCGUCUACAAGCCUACUCCGUGGUGCUCUCUGCAACCACCCUCCUGUUGUCAGCCCUGGCUGGCGGUGGGGGGAGCCUGGCGGUCAUGUUCACCAUUGUGACAGGAAAGGUGAUAGAGAAGCAGAGUUACGCCAUUGUUUUGACCUUGCUUGCAGCGUGUCUGGCAUUCGACCUGCUGUGGGCCCCUCUGGAGAUCGUCCACCUACUGUACUACCACCACACCAACGAGAACGUCACCCAGGACUACAAGGUGAUGACGCACGGAAUCUACGUGUUUCUCAUCAUGGUCAUUUCGUCCACCGUUAUUCUCGUGUCUGCGAAGAAGAUCCUGUGUCUGUAUGGUAAGUUUGGUAAGAAGUGUAAGAAGGUGUGGCCGACGAUUGGCUGUUUCGUGUCUCUGUUUCUCGGUCUCGUCGCCGUGUCUGUGUAUGUGUCCACCGUCACCAUCUACGAGGGGAAUUUCCAAGACUACUUUCCAGUGAUGAACAAGAUAUCCUUCUGUUUCAAAGCCAUCAUGAUCGGAUUAAUGAUGCUGGCCGUCUUGGUCAUGAUGACGGUCGUCAUCACUAUUGCCGUGGCAAAGCAGAAAAACCACGACGAUGGCUUUCAUAGCAACAGUGAAUCGAAAAAUACCAUUCCUCAGGUUCUUAUUGCUGAAACGGAUGUCACGGAUGAUGAAUCAGAAACACCUUCAGCACAAGGAGGCUCCCCGCUCCCGCUUCUCACCAUCAACACGGAUGGAGAGGCAAACAGGGGAGAUAACUCAUCCACUGUGGGAGAACUUCCCAACCCUUCCAAAAAUAAGAACAUGCUUGGUGUAAACAUGGCUCACAUCUUGGGUCGAAGGCGACACACCAUUUGUCAGAUUGGUGAUUCCAGCACAAACCUCAUGGACCCUGCGGAGAAAGCUAAAAAAUACACAUACAUUAGGAAAUUUUCUGUUGAUAUCUCUGCUCUGCAAGCGCAAUUAGAAAAUCCUAAAAUAUUCAGCGGGAAGGCUCCCUUUCAGUCAGACACUGACGUCUCGAAGAAGGAAUCGCCCAACCCGAUCGUACGGGCUCCGUUGAUAGCCCCGAUCUUGAAGCUCGACGAGAGGACACAGAAGUGUGAUUUCAAAAAUGAAACCCGGCCCGUGCUGCCUGUAAUCACGGUGUCCGAUGACGAGGGACAGGAGAAGGAGGAUGAAGUAACGGACAACGAUGACGACGACGAAUCGGAGAAGCCGAUUCUGACGUUCAAACUACCAAAUCUGACGGAAGAAAUGCACCAUGACGACGACGACAAGGAAAGCGUUCACAGCUCGGAACGCGACCAGUCGGUCACGGAUCACGACGAAGCAUUCGUCAAACUCUCGUGUCUUUUCUCCACGGCCUUCUGCCUGUGCAUGCUGCCCCUGUUUUUGACUGAGGUGUUGCGCUACCAUUUAAUAACGAACGCCUACAUCAACAUUUCCACGUGCACAAUGGCGCUGUCAGCCAUUCAGACGAUCAUUUACCCGCAGAUUAUAAUAUGCAUGGACAGCAUCGUCCACAAGGCGGUGAAUCAGUUGUGGAGGAACAUAAAGUGGAGACUGUCGUGCAAGAAGGAACUUGCCGUGGAUACUGAGGCGAAUCAGGACCACGGCAGUACCAGCACAAGUCAAGUUUAAAGAUAAUUUUUACAAUUUUUGUAAUUGUGUCGGUGGAUAAAACAUUCUGUGGAAUACAGGCCUCCACGAAUUAAAAAUUAACUAAACCUGUAAAGUUAAAAGUUAACGUUUUUGGGGGCUUUUGUUUGACACCACUAGAGCACUUUGAUUUAUUAAUCAUCAGCUAUUGGAUGUGAAACAUUUGAUAAUUUUGAGUUAAUGAAGAAACCUGCUACUUUUUUUCAUUACUAUAGCAAGGGAUCUUUUAUAUGCACCAUCCCAUAGACUUAAACCUGUAAAGGGAUUAUGCUACACAAAAAUGCAUAACCAAUUUUCUUUUUCAUAAUCUUUUCUCCUUUUUUUUUUCUCUUUUUUUUUUUAAUAACAAAAUAAAAAUAAUUAUUGCUAGAACAGGUUAUUCAGGAAAUUGUGAUUGAAUGCUGAAUUGGUUAUGCUCUAUAAAACUACAUAUUAUGUGAUGAAUCAUCAACAAAAUGAUUUUACCUAUACAGUUUGUGGAGGCCUGGAAUAAAUGCAUUAUUUAACAUGUACAUGAUAAGCAAUUUAAGUGUCCAACAUUAUGUAAAUAUGGAUCAUUAUGUACAUUUGUAAAUUUGUACUGAAGCUAGGUCAGUAUAUGUUACCAAUAACCCUUUCAUGCCUGUGAAGUCAUGAAGAAAUCUAAGGGUGAGAGGGUUAAAACAAAAAACUGUUUAAAAAGGCUGUCAUGAAUUAGCAAUCAUUUUUUAAGAUUUUUAAAUGUAAUAGAGCCUUUUAAACUAAAAUUACAUACACAGUAAAACCUCACAAAACUGGAUCCUCUAUAAUGUGAAAUUCCCUCAUAACCGGACAUUUUUCACGGUCCUUUUUAAAAAAUCUGUACAGAACUUAACCUCUCUAAACAGGAUACCUCUUAA